AAAAGAUGGGAAGAGUUUUGGGCGUCGUGUGGGCUUCCUCUUCCGUUCGUUCUCUCUCUCUCCGGUCUGUUUCGGAGGGAUGCUGCGGUUCGAGGUUCUUCGCCAACCGACUCCGAGCCCUCGCUCUAUAUAUAUCCCAUCGUAUCUCAUUCGUUGAUUUCGGAGGCUUGGAUCACGAUCUUUAUAUCUCUCUCGAUCGCUCGUCGCAGGAGAUUCUUUUAUCAUUUGUGAAAGGUCGCUGAUAAACAGAGCUCCUGAGGUACGCAAGUCAAGAUGAUGGGAUCAUUUCUCACCGGAGCUUUUGUGAUGAUUCUUGGCUAUGCCUAUCCAGCGUAUGAAUGCUAUAAAACUGUGGAAUUGAACAAGCCAGAGAUAGCACAGCUGCGAUUUUGGUGUCAGUACUGGAUUUUAGUUGCAGUAAUGACAGUCUUCGAGAGGGUUGGAGAUACUUUCAUUUCAUGGUUGCCAAUGUACAGUGAAGCAAAGUUGGCAUUCUUUGUGUAUCUCUGGUACCCUAAAACAAGGGGCACAGCAUAUGUCUAUGGUACAUUCUUUCGUCCGUAUAUGGUGAAGCAUGAGACUGAGAUUGAUCGUAAUUUGCUUGAAUUGAGAACAAGGGCUGGUGAUAUUCUGGUGCUUUAUUGGCAGAAGGCUUGGAGCUAUGGUCAGACAAGGGUUUUUGAAAUUUUGAACUAUGUUGCCUCACAAUCACAGGCACCGAGAACUCGACCUGUUCAGCUGCAGCAGCAACAGCAACAGCAGUCACAGCAAAUUCAUCAGUCACCUUCGGCAGCUCCUGCUCGCCAACCAGCGGCCGUUCAGCAACCUCAACAGCCAGCACGAGCACCUCCUAGCCCCAGUAAGAACCAGCAGCAAAAACAACGCACGAAGGCUGGUGGCCUCUCCCCGGCCGCCUCUCCAGCCAAGGCACGAGCCUCAUCAGCUCCCAGCCGAGCUGCUUCAGGCACUGCCAGCCAUCCGUCUCCAAGUAAAGAUGAACUGAUGCUGGUCGACACAGCCACAGAAGACUUGAAUCCACCAUCACAGGAAACUGCCUUGAAGGAGGCAAUUCCCAUGACCCCUGGCAGAUUGAAAAAACGAGCUGCUAUUGCUCGUUAAGAGUGUAAUUGCUUUUAGUUUCAACAUAGUUAAGCUUUUUGUCCCGUUGGUAGUAG